AUGGUCGCGACGCGCAUGCGCACUCCCAGGCACGCCCCCGCGAGGUGUCUGCGUGCUGCGUGCGCUUGCCCGCGGAGAGGCGGGGCUAGUGAGGCUCUCUUGGUGGUGGCUGGGAUGGCGUCGGGUUCCGUUCGCUUGCAGCGGUGUAUCGUGUUGCCAGCUGGAAGGCACAGCGCCUCUCUGAUCUUUCUGCAUGGCUCAGGUGGAUUGCAGUUUUACAUCUCGGUUUCCUUCACCUUGGGAAAUGCUCGCUUCCAUUCCCCUCGUUUUGCCCCAGUGGAGAGGUGCCGGGCCCUGAACCUAGAGGGCUCAGACGGUGGCUGUCCCCUUACUGGCUCCGGGGCUGUGCACACACUCCCAGGCCGUCCUUCUUGUCUUCCUCUUUUCUGUCUUAGUGGCCCACCAGCCUCGCUUCUGGCCCAUGUCCCACUUCUCCAACCUUCACCGCUCCAUUGUGCACAGUGCAACCCUUAUUACCCCCAACCCUCUCUCCUAAAUUUACACAAAGCAAACGCUGCCCUACUACUCCCUCCUGUCAAGCCUUUACUGUUUUCUCUGCCGGAGAUGCUCUUGCCUUCAGCUUUUCACUUCACUGCCUCACACAGCAUUGAAAGCAUUCAGUUGACGGAGUUAAACAGUGGGCUGAUUUUACAAACUCAGCCUGAUUAUAAAAUUAAUGCUAGAAACUGGGUAGGACCUUAUUUUGAUUUUCGACUGGAACACUUACAUGAGACCCCACUGAAGGAUAGGCCAUAUACUCCAAUGAAAGGAGGACUCUCCAAUGUGUGGUUUGACAGAUUUAAAAUAUCUAAUGAUUGCCCAGAACACCUUGAAUCAAUUGAUGUAAUGUGUCAGGUGCUUGCAGAUUUGAUUGAUGAUGAAGUAAAAAGUGGCAUCAAGAAAAACAGGAUAUUAUUAGGAGGAUUUUCUAUGGGGGGAUGCAUGGCAAUGCAUUUAGCAUAUAGAAAUCAUCGAGAUGUGGCAGGAGUAUUUGCUCUUUCCAGUUUUCUGAAUAAAACAUCUGCCGUUUACCAGGCUCUUCAGAAAACUAAUGGUGUGCUUCCUGAAUUAUUUCAGUGUCAUGGGACUGCGGAUGAGUUAGUUCUUUAUUCUUGGGCUGAAGAGACAAACUCAAUGUUACGCUCUCUAGGAGUAAGCACACAAUUUCAUAGCUUCCCAGGUGUUUACCAUGAACUAAGCAAAACUGAGCUAGAAAAACUGAAGUCAUGGGUUGUUAGCAAGCUACCUGGAGACACAGAAAGGCAAAAUGAAUGA